GAAAAGUGCCACGACUCCAGAGAGUCAGUGUAGAGGCUGAGCCGGCUCGGAGAGAGGAGUCACUGGCUGGAGGGAUCCCGGCGGCACAUUGUCACAGGACGGUCAGUUCCCAGCACGUCUGUCAGCUCCACAGCAGGUAUCCUAAAAGAAAACCAAAAUGGAUAUAUAUGAUCCUCAGACGUUAGGGGUGAUGGUGUUUGGAGGCUUCAUGGUUAUAUCUGCCAUCGGUAUGGUCAUGGUGUCCACCUUUUCUAUGAAGGAAACAUCUUAUGAAGAAGCUUUGGCCAAGCAACGUAAAGAGCAAGAGAAGAGCCAACCCAAAGUAGAUAAGAAGAAGAAAGAUAAACUCACCGAAAAGAAAGCAAAGUCAAAGAAAAAAGAGGACAAACCAAAUGGCAAAUUACCUGUGCAUGAGCCUACUGGGGAGUCUGGUGAACAGAAAAAAGUUGAAUUAAAACCUCAAGUUGUGGUGGAAUUGGUUAAAGCUCAGAAAACCCCUGUAACACAAGUUGUGGCCCCAGUUCCUGAAAAGGCUACAGACACUUCCUCUCCUAAGGACAAGAAGAAAAAGCAGGAUAAGAAGGUCCAGAAAGUUGAACCAUCUCAGGCUCAAGUAGCCAAGGCUCCUUCAUCUCCUGCGGCCAAGGGUGCAGCGGCUCCAGCGGCCAAGGGUCCUGCAUCUCCGGCGGCCAAGGGUCCUGCAUCUCCGGCGGCCAAGGGUGCAGCGGCUCCGGCGGCCAAGGGUGCAGCGGCUCCGGCGGCCAAGGGUGCAGCGGCUCCGGCGGCCAAGGGUGCAGCGGCUCCGGCGGCCAAGGGUGCAGCGGCUCCGGCGGCCAAGGGUGCAGCGGCUCCGGCGGCCAAGGGUGCAGCGGCUCCGGCGGCCAAGGGUGCAGCGGCUCCGGCGGCCAAGGGUGCAGCGGCUCCGGCGGCCAAGGGUGCAGCGGCUCCGGCGGCCAAGGGUGCAGCGGCUCCGGCGGCCAAGGGUGCAGCGGCUCCGGCGGCCAAGGGUGCAGCGGCUCCGGCGGCCAAGGGUGCAGCGGCCCCUGAGGCCAAGGGUGCAGGGGCCAAGGGUGCUGGCGCCCCUGAGGCAAAGGCUCCUGCGCCUCCUGCGACCAAGGCUGCAGCAGCACCUGUGACCAAGGUGGUUUCAAAACCUGCAGCCAAAGAAGUGCCUGUGGUUGCUGUCUCUCCAGUUGGAGCAAAGCCAAGCACAAAGACUGUUCCUCCGGGUGGAACAAAGUCAAACACAAAGCCAAGCACCUCAAUUCCUAAUAAUCAGUCUCAGCCUCCUGAAAAAGCUGAACUUAUUGUAAACCAUGAAGAGCACAAACAAGAGCCAACUCCAAAGAAAAAGAAUGUGCCAAAGAAGAAAUCUGAGCCAGUUUCCAAUGAACUGGAUGGUGCUCUUUACCUUCCAUACAAGACCCUUGUUUCUACCAUCAGCAGUAUGGUGUUCAGUGAAGGAGAAGCGCUGAAGCUUAUCGAAAUCCUGACCGAGAGAAACGGCAUCAAGCAGGAUACCUGGCACACAGCCACUCAGAAGGGAGAUCCAGUUGCAGCUCUGAAAAAGCAACUAGAGGAAAAAGAAAAAUUGCUGUCGGCCGAGCAAGAAAACGCAGCUGCUGCUAAGAAUAAGCUGCGCGAAAUUACUAAGGAGUUGGCCGCAGAGAAAACCAAAGUGAAUGGCGUCGAAGCCAAACUCAAAGAGCAGAUCGUAUCUCGGGACCAGGAGAUCAAUGCUCUGCAAGCCCGAAUGCAGGCCAGUUACAAAGAUCACAUGGCGGAGAUCCAGAAUCUACAAGGAAAGAUCCGGACUCUGCAAGAUGAACUUGAAAAUGGCCCAAAAGCACAACUUGCCCGUCUACAACAGGAAAAUUCUAUUCUUAGGGAUGCACUAAACCAAGCAACAAGCCAAACUGAGAGCAAGCAGAAUGCAGAACUGGCCAAGCUCCGUCAGGAAUGCAGCAAACUGUCCAAAGAACUCUCUGAGAAGACAGAGGUGCUGCAGCAGGAGGAGCAGAGGAGGAAGAGUGUGGAUGGGAAACUCUCUGCCUAUGAGAAACAAGUGUCCCAACUGCAGACCCUACAACAGGAGAGUGAAGCUACACUACAAAAGAGACUGGAUGAAGUUAGUGAAGAGCUGCGCAAGUCACAAAAUACUUACAAAACACUACUUUCAGAUACUGAAAAGGCCAAAGGAGAACAGACGAACGUUGCAGAUCUUCAAACUAAACUGAUGUCCUAUGAAGCUGAAGGCAAACAAAAAUCAGAAGAGCUAGAAAAAUCAAACCAAAAACUGCAGGAGGUCACCAGUGAAAACACAAAGCUACUGGAAAGGAUAAAAUCCAUUGAAGCUUUGCUGGAGGCAGGACAGAGCCCUGAUGGAGAGAAAGAGAAACUGCAGCAGGAAAGUAAAGAAGCAGAAGAAGUAAAGAAACAGUUACAUGCCAGACUUCAAGAAAAAGAAGCUCAGAUCUCCUUACUGGAGAAAGAGGCGGUUGAGUUAAAGGAUACGAUUGAACAACAGAAAAAUAAAAACAAUGAACUGCGAGAGAAAAACUGGCAGGCUAUGGAUGCUUUGGGCAAAGCAGAAAAAACAUGUGAAGAGAAGCUGAGCUCCGAGAGGAAAGCAAAGGAUGAUCUGGGACAACAGCUCAGCCAAAUUCAGACUCAGGCCAAAGAAACCCUGAUGACCCUUUUCCCACAAGUGUCUGUAGAGUCUCACCAGCUAUACGGGGAAUGGCUUCAGGAAUUCAGAGAAAAGUCAUCAGAUAUACUUAAACAGCUGAGCCAGCCGUCAGACCAGACAGAUUCUGCAGAUUUAUCAGCUAAAUUAAAAGAAGCAGAAGAAGCACAAGCCUCAUUGCAGGCAGAAUGUGAACAAUAUAGAACUAUUCUUGGGGAAACAGAAGGAAUGCUGAAAGACCUACAAAAGAGCGUAGAAGAAGAGGAGCAGGUGUGGAAAGCCAAAUUGGAAGUAUCUGAGGAAGAGCUUAAAAAGUCACACAUUCAAUUGAAAUCUUUAGAGGAGAUCGUGGAAAGACUGAAAUUAGAAGUCCACAGUACUGACCAGUUGAAGGAAUGUAUCGCACUUAUGGAGGCCCAGCUGGAAACCCAGAUGAAUACAUCCAGCACAGAGUGUCAGACGUACUCUAAAGAGGUGGAGAGUUUGAGGCAGCUUCUGUCGGAAUCACAAGAACAGCUGGAAUCUACAAAAGCAGAAGCCAGAAAACAGAGCAAAGAGCUUUCUCUGCUCAGGCAGCAGUUAAGUGAAAUGCAGAAUCAUGUACAUGACUCUCACAGCUCAAAUGGUCACCAGCUGAAGGUUCCACAGUCCAGUUUGGAUGAACAAAAUGAAGGGCAGAAUAUAUCGGAAGAGCUGGAAGAGAAAUCCAUGUACAGCUUGCAACAGGAGUUGGAGAAACUAAAAACUGCAGAAGAGACCUCAACUGGUAUAGAGGAAGCCCAGCAGCUGAAGGAGAGGCUUGAGAAGGAAAAAAAACUAACACGAGAUUUAGGUCAAGCAGCUAACAAACUGCUACAGCUCUUGAAGUCUUCUCAGGAACAACUAUCUAAGGAAAAGGAACACUAUAAACUGCUGCAAAACAGACUACAGUUACCGGAACAAGAUCCCAACAUCACUGGUGGAACAUCGGUUUGAUCCAAAUGUUUAUUUUUUUCUUUCCUUACCACAAUGCCUUAAACAUUCCUUUUUGAGAUUUGAAUAAUAAUAUUUUAGUGAGCCAAAAUACUUCCAAAGGUUUUAGUUUAAAGUUCCUAUCCAUGUUUUGUUAAUCUGAAGAGGAAACAUUCCAUGAUGAAACCACUGACUGUGUCAGUAUGCCAUAUCUUCACAUCUACCUUAUAGACCCAUGGGCUAAAUCGUGUGCUUGGCCUAUGAAAAGGGACAGACUGUGGACUCUAUGUAUGAAUCAGUGCAAUUUCUUUAUUGUGAACAAUGUAUGGAUGAAAAGGGCAGGAAAUAAGAUGAGAAUGCCAUAUUGUAACUGGUCUCCAGUAUAAAAUCAUGUGACUUGAUGGUUGCUGAAAUGACAUUAAAAUAUUGAUGUA